GCGUGUCAAGAGAUACUUAACUACGCAGUCCAAUUUGUAGCUGCGAAGCAGUCUUUAUAGCCAGGUUUUAGGAGAAAAGCUCUUGAAAAACUACAGGUCUUGGAAGCCACAUCGACGCAUCGACCUGUUGGCGCAUGCCUACUAGUUCUUGUAAGACGUACAGGUUGAUAGAAGCUUUGUGAUCGAAAUUCGUUCACUUUCGUAACAAUAAACCAAAACAUGACCGAGGUUGCUACGAACAAUGUGGAAAUGUGGACAGUUGUGGACGUGAAUGCUGCUCCAGAAAAAAAUGAAUCAGCGGACCACAUCAACAACGUUGACGCGAAGGACGCCGCUAAGAGAAUGGAGGAAACAGGCAGCCCAACGCUUAUAAACCAUGAAGAAACCCAAGAAAGCCUCGAUACAAUCUCUGCAAUGCCAGGAUUGUCUACUAGUGGUAAUAGUUUGGCUUUUAACACAAAGUAUGAAGGCCCGGGGACGGAUGUGAUCGCAAACGUAACAAGCGUUGGAGACCUCAGAGAGAAGGUCGAUCUAUCAUGGAAGAAUAUCAACGUUUUUGUUCCCCAACCCAGAGCUUCUAUCUGUCGGCGAGUGUGUUGUGGAGAGAAAGAAGAUGAGCCCAAGAUCAAACAGAUCUUAUUUGAAGUGAAUGGCAAAAUUGAGGCUGGGACAUUGUUGGCUGUCAUGGGAUCAAGUGGAGCUGGUAAAUCCACCUUAAUGAAUGUGUUAGCACAUCGUAACAUUGGCCAGGUGCAGGUGAUGGGAACAGUGGAAGUAAAUGGGCACCCUAUUGGUCUCGACAUCAAUGCUUUGUCAGCCUAUAUCCAACAGGAAGACUUGUUUAUUGGAUCACUCACAGUUAGAGAACAUUUGAUAUUCCAGGCUCUUCUUCGUAUGGAUAAACACACACCCAAGGCAAAGCGAGAGGAGCGCGUAGAGGAAGUCAUGCUUGAGCUUGGUUUGAGAAAGUGUGCAGACACAGUCAUAGGUAUUCCAGGAAGAUUGCGUGGAAUUUCUGGGGGAGAGAAGAAACGCUUAGCAUUUGCAUCAGAGGUGUUGACAAACCCUCCACUGCUUUUUGCUGAUGAACCAACAUCUGGCCUGGAUGCAUUCAUGGCUCAGAGUUUAAUAGCAUCACUUCAGCGCCUUGCAGCCAGUGGUCGAACUAUCAUGUGCACUAUACAUCAGCCAUCUUCUGAAGUGUAUGCUAUGUUUGACAGCAUUUUGCUGAUGGCUGAAGGAAGAAUAGCUUACAUGGGCUCUACAGCUGAUGCUAUACCUUACUUUACUGGCCUUGGGUAUCCCUGUCCUAUGAACUUUAACCCUGCGGAUUACUUUGUCCACACUUUGGCCAUUGUGCCAGGAGAUGAAGAAAGGUGCAAAGAAAGAGUUAAGGAAAUCUGUGAUGUGUACAGUGAACGUGCAGCAGAAAUUGCCAAAGAAGAAAGUGUGAUUGAUCGACAGGAUUCCUUCAAAGGAGACGUUCUUUUCAAGAAGCGAUCACCAUACAAAGCUUCCUGGUGUCGACAGCUUUGGGCCGUCUUGUGGCGCUCUUGGAUUACUAACAAUCGAGACAUCAUCAUCUUCAGAAUAAGAAUAUUUCAAGCCAUUGUCACUGCACUGAUCGCUGGAUUAAUUUAUCUUCAAAUACCUUAUGACCAAAAUGGUAUCCAGAACAUUGCUGGCGUUUAUUUCUUUCUUGUUACUUCUGCUUCGUUUUCCAGUCUUCAAGGAGUCAUCUUUGUGUUUCCAGUCGAAUUACCUGUUUUUAUGCGAGAACACAAAAAUGGAAUGUACAGAACAGACGUUUAUUAUCUGGCCAAGACUUUGUCUGAGGUGCCCAUUUUUUUCGUCACUCCUCUCCUUCUGACGGGUAUAUCGUAUUGGAUGGUUGGCUUGAGGAAUAGAUUUUUAAAUUUCGUAAUUUGUUACGCAGUUAUGGUUUUGGUAACAAAUGUGGCGGUCUCAUUUGGGUACAUCGUAUCGACAAUAGCACCAACCAUCACAGCAGCAACAUCUUUGGGUCCUCCACUUAUGUUACCUUUGUUGAUUUUUGGAGGAUUCUUUCUCAAGACGACAACGGUGCCAGUUUAUUUUGUGUGGCUGAAGUACAUUUCUUGGUUCAUGUAUGGCUUUGAAGCUCUCAUCAUCAACCAGUGGAAAGACUAUAGUCCUAUAAGUUGUGGUACAAAUGCCACCGCUACACCGCCAGUUGUAAACGGUACCGGAUCACCUUCAGGGGAAGGAGGAUUUUGUAUAAGGACCGGUAACGAAGCCAUUGCUUUCCUGGGCUUUAAAGAAGACAAUUUGCUGUUCGACGUGUACUGUCUCGUAGCCCUGAUGGUUGGCUUCCGUCUAAUUUCCUUCUUGUUUUUGCUGAGAAGAUCUUACAAACAACAGUGAUGGCUCCUGUUUUCUUUUAAACAAGGCUGUGUUGUUUAGCUGAUCAAUUAUUGGUCAGCAUUCAUCGUCUGGCAUGUCACUGUACCUGUGGCAUCUCGUUCUACAUGACCUGCGGUACGACAGGAGAGCGUACAUGCCAAUUGAGUUGAACUGUGGUUAUUGGUUUUUGCGUCAACGGCGUUGUAUUGAGUUAAUCAGUUAGGUUUUAUAAUUUUCUAGCCUUUGGUAUGAUUUCAUAUUCAUAGUUAAAACCAUGAUAUCAAGUUUAAAAUUAUAUACCAAAAAGGAUUUUCAUUUUAAACAGUACAGUGUGGUUUUUACAUUAAAAACCUUGUUUAACUUUAGCUCAUAGUAUUAUAUAGAAUAGGGAAAAAACGUGGAAUUUAAAGAAACUCAAGAUAAAGCUUUUGCCAAGAAUAGCGUCGGUGAAAUGAAGUGUUACUUACACGAUGCAACUUUUGGGAAACAUCGCUUAAUUUUAUAUGGUAUAUGUUACGAAAAUUACACAGGUAACUUACUUUAAAAUAUAUCGAAAUGAACUUGUCUCUGAACGAAAUAACUUGGAUAUAUCAACAAAGUUGAAGUGGUGAAUUGGCCACCGUAACGAUUACAAAAGCUGACGUU